GUUACGACAGGUUGCUGCAUGUGAUUGACUUUGUAAAACUAGAAGCAUCUGUGUUAUUUAUCGAAAACAUGAUUGGUCAGUUACAGAAUUCACCUAGUGACUUUUCGGACAUUAUAAAAAUGAAAUUGAAUGAAAUCAGAUUCCUUUUUAAUAUGCUACAAGUUAAACCAAACAGAAACAAAAGAGCAAUUAAUAUGUUAGGCAGUACAAUUAAAUUUAUCACCGGAAACUUAGAUGCAGACGAUCUAGCACUGAUUAACAGCAACCUAGACGAGCUUAGAAAAUCUGGAAACACUAUCAUAAAGCAAAAUAACAGGCAGAUAAAAAUUAAUACUAAAUUCGAAAACAGAAUAAACAUUAUGACAGAUCAAAUUAAAAACCAACAGAAUGCCCUAAAUAGUAUUCUUAAAGAUAAUGAUUACAUCAUUAGCGAAAAUCAGAAAAUUCAAAUUGUCUUUCAACUAAACACAUUUAUAGAAACUCUAAAAUCAAUCGAAUACGCUAUCUUGCUUACUAAACUAAACAUUAUAAGUAAACUAAUUCUUACACCAAAAGAAAUUGAUCUAAUAGCACAGGAGAUUUCAAGCCAAGGUUUAGAAAUUCACAGCCUCGACGACACCAACAACUAUCUCACCACCAGCACCCUAUAUAGCGAAUCAACCCUCAUCAUCAGCGUUAACAUACCACGACUUCUUCCAACCACAUACCGGAAAGUGAGCAUCGAACCUUUGCCAAUACUGAACCAUACAGCCAAACUGAUGCAUAAUGAAGUCUUAAUGAACUCAAAUCAAAUCUUAGCGAUUGUUUCAAAAUGCCAACAAAACCGCAAAGUUACUUUAUACGAAAGAAGACAGGUAAUCGACAUUAGCGAAAACCCGUGUGAAGCCGCAUUAUUGCAAGGACGUUUUGGACAUUGUAAUCUCGUGGAAAAACCUCCAACCACAGAAUUACAAUUUUUGGAAUCAUCAAAUACCAGCAGUUCGCGAAAACAGGUAAUUGCUCGGGACGAGCAAUACUUGCGCAAGGAGCAGUUAACGACGAAACCAAAUCUCAAAGUUUAACCGGCACAGGCCCAGGAAUCCGCGGCGUCAGCAGACAA